UAUUUGUAGCGCUAGCGUUUAGCCAUCCUGAAGGUUUUCGUUUCGUGUGAAGAAAAGCGCGACUCAUUCGCAUCACAUCAGCCUUUAUCUUAUUUCAAAUGUAACCUGUCAACUUGUUAUCGGACCAAACAUUCAUUGGCUCAUUAAAAGCAUUUUUGCGGCUUGUUUGUUGUGAAGUAGUCCUGUUGGUGGUGGUAAUGCGCCACGGAGCUGCCCAACAGUAGCAGUAGAAGAAGAACCGUGUUAUUGUCAACAGAGUAAUGUUUGACAGCAUUUCUGUAACUAUAAACCUGCGUUCACCUUCAGGUUUGAAUGUUUCAUUUAUCCCGUUUUUAAAAAAUGUCUGACAGACAGCAUUGUUUGUGCUGCUCUCAUCCCGUCUCCUCUGCUAGUGUUUACCAGACGCUGUACGAAAUGGAUUUUGAACGAGGUAUCUGGUCUGCUGCAAUGAAUGGAGACUUGGAGAGGGUAAAGUCCUUAGUGCAGAAGGGGACAGACCCUAAUUUGAGAGACUCAGCUGGAUACACCGCGCUGCACUAUGGAAGUCGCAGUGGUCAUCUCUCUGUGUGCAAGUUUCUUCUUGAGAACGGUGCCUGUGCAUCUCCACAGACUCCAGGCGGGGCCACGCCGCUCCAUCGAUCAGCUUACUGCGGUCACCUGAAUGUGGUGAGACUCCUUCUGCAACACAGAGCAGAUCCAGCACUCUGUGACGAUGACGGCAUGUCCCCUUUACACAAGGCUGCAGAAGGGGGUCACGAAGAGGUCUGUCAGCUCCUUGUUGAGAACUGCCCAGCACUCCGCAUCCAGAUGAACAAGAGGCUCCAGCUACCCUACCAGCUGGCACAGCAGGGAGACCUGCAGGAGCUCUUAAAACCCCCCUGUUGAUGGCAGAUGCACUGAACCUGAGGCAUGCUGUGUUGCUAAGAUCACACGAAUGAUCUCCCACAUUUUCCUUAGCAAGCAUCAGCAUUCAUGUUUGGAAGAGAAAGUUACAGCUGUUGAUGAGAACUGAGACGUGGUGAGGAAAUGGAUGGGAAGUUGGAAGAUUCAAUCGAACACACCCACCUUUUGAGCUGAAGUGCUCUUGGUGGCUGAAUGUUAAGAUAAUUGAUGGUGCAUUAUAAACUUUGAUGUGUAUUUGUGAAAUUAAAUUUAUAUCCGGACGCCUACGUUUGGUACAAGACCCAAACAGUCACACAACAGCAAGACAAGGACAACAUGCCAGUGCAGAGAGCUUCUUUUCUUUAAAGUCAGAAUAAAAAAGCAGAGAUCAUUUGAAAGGUGCAAUGAUGUCACGGAUCUUGAACACGGAGUGCAGCUUUUUAAAAGCUCACAGAGGAAACCCCUUGUGAGUGUUACACAAUAGUACGAGUCACCUGUUGCAGUCACAAGAUCACUUUUAAUAAAUGUCUCCGUUGAGCAUAUGGUAUGUGUUUCUAUUAAAACUGGACGCCAACUUCUCACCUGUUUUGGGUCGCUUUUAUCUAAAAAUGAUCCUUGUUGAACUUUAAAACUCUUAACAGUAGGGGGAGCUGUUGUCCUAAAAGGGUUGGACACUUUCCCUGGGACACCAU